AUGACCUACGUGCUUCUGCCACCACCAGCUGUGCAUUUGGACAGCGAGUCCAGAAUUUAUGCACCUGCCCAUUCUUGUUUCACUUGUGGCCAGCACCGCUGGAACCUUGAGUUUUCGACAAGUCGAAGCUCACGCAUCAAAUCUACUCUCUUUCUCUUCGCUCGGUCUCGGCACGUGCAGCUUCUACAUGCCUUGCCUUUAGAGGAGGGAGCAUGGCUUGUGCCCAACAGUUCCGGUCUGUCUAGGUUCUCCGUCGCCAGAGCGGCCGAGGAGGAUGCGAGGAAGAUUUUGCGCAUCUGUGGUGCACAGUCGGCUUUGCGCAAUUGCUUCACCGCUGCACGUUCGUUCUCGGAGCGCACGACUUCGCCAGGCUCAUUGACGGAAGGCCAAGAGAAGACGUCGAGUGCCACCCUCAGCCUUCGGUUUGAGUCCGGCAUCUUCUUCCACGUGCACGCAGAUACUUUCGACAUUUGUGCCAACUGGGCAAAGACAGCGGCCGAUUGUGGCGAGCCACUGGCAAUGCCAAAACAGUUGUGGGAGGUCGCUCCAAAGGCUCAGGCUGCUGCCGGAGCCACAGUAGCGGCUGCUGCUGGCCAGGCAGCGCCGGGUGUCACAUCAAAAGGCACACCUGCUUCUCAGGCUGCCCCGGAGGCAAAUCCACCUCCGAGAGGAGAUGAGUUGGAGGAUGCGCCUCCUGAUAGCGCAGCACAUCAGAAGGUUAGGUUCGACCAGAAGAAGGCGGCGUACACUUUCACGACCCCGGAUGCUAGCAAGAAGCACUUCCAGACCACGGUCCACGCUGCAGCCAAAAACGCGGAGGCGGCUGGGCGCAUCGCCCGAGUUUGUUUUUACAAGUUCGAGCAGGGCGUCAGCAUAGAGGAGGUGAUGCAGUACAGGAACGAAGCUUACAAAAGGCUAGGCGGCGCCCCCAAGGUGCCCGCCAGCAACGGUACCACGGCCGUCGAGAAGCCACCGCCGCCACCACGGAAGCGGCCAAAGUCCACUGAUGCGGAGGAGGCCGUAAUUGAGCGGCUGCAGCAGCAGGGCAAGCUUCUUCAUGCUCUCGAAAUCUCAGGGCGAGAUAGCAACAAAAAGAAUUCGACCGUCAAUGGUGUCUACAUGGCAGUGGAGGGUGGAUACAAGGGUCACCACGCCUAUGAGAGAAUAAGCAAGAAAGGGGAAGAAGCACGUCGAUGCCUCUUCUACUCCAAGGAGAAGUCGCGGUGGAAGAUCAGCGAGGGCCUGGGGGAUCACAAGAACUUCGCCUUCCUGAAGGUCAAGGACGGUGGCACGAAACCGCCUUCGGCAGCUGGGUCAAAAACACACUGGCACUUCUUCGAUGGUAAAGAUGUGGGCUGGACAGAGGAUAGGGACGUGAAGUGUGUUCCGUACGAGCAGGGGAAGCGGGCGAAAACAGAAAAUGGUGAUGCCCCGGAGAUUGCAGACGAAGCUUCCGCCAGCUCGGACUCCGCCAGCUCCAGCAGCGGGGGUGAAAGUAGCGAAGAGGCUUCGGAUGACGAUUCUGCAAGCUCUGGUGGUAGCAGGUCGUCCGGGGAGAGAGCUGGCCUCAAGCCAGCCUCCACGGCAGUGCCGGCUACAGGGCCAGGAAGGGGGCCCACAACAACGACCACGACAGGCCCUAACAUGGCACCACGGCCAAGAACCCGCGCCUGCGCCAAAAUGCUGGUUCGCGCCGGACUUCGCUGCAGCUGCCACUUCAAAUAUGUCCAGGAAUGUCCUUCUCGCAAGGCGGCAGCGUGA